AUGAAUGUUACCACACUUUGGAAAAAUCUAAAAAAAGCAAUUGAUACAUGUGAGUUGGAAAGCAAUACCUCUGAUAAUUAUGUGUUAGAGCCUUUACAAAACGAGAAUACGGAAUAUAAGCAUGCAAGAAUUCCGAUACGUCCACUUCAUUAUAACGAAAAAUGUCUGGUUGUGGUGCUGGGAAUCGGUAACGAGAUUGGAGCUGAAAAAGCGUUACGAAAAAAGUUUCCAAAAAAUUGCAAAUUUUAUGGAGUAGAUCCAGUUGCAAAACCAAAUAAAAAAUUAUUCGAAAGCGUACCAGGGAAGUAUCAUCGAGGAGCGAUAGGUGCUGUUAGUGGAGCAAAAAAAGUUACUGUCUUGAUCGGCACUCUGUUUCGAACUUAUACAAUUCAGCAGAUGGCUUUGGAAGAUUAUAUUACUAAUGUGGUUGGCAGAAGUGACGUUCUGGAUUGGUUAUCUAUUGAUAUCGAAGGUGGAGAGAUUGAUCUAUUUCCUUCCUUACUGCCGAAUGGCCUGUUUGAUAAGCUUAAUAUGCAUGUAUGUCAACUGAACAUGGAACUUCACUUGUCAGACAAGUUAGCGGAACCAACUAAGAGCAACAUUGCCAUCUUCAACUUUCUGCGAGAUGCAAUGAACAGUGAAAGAUUCGUUUUUUUGAAAAUAGCAUAUCCAUUCAACGCACGAAUAACAUUUUAUGCGAUGAACGUCGAAAGUGCCUUGUGCCGUGGGCGGUACUUCAAGUCUUUAAAACCUUACUCAAAUUGA